ACUAGGAAAACCCAGCAGGUGAAGACGCGUGAGGGGUCGUUCCUCGACGGAACGCGGUGCUAGUGAUGCCGUGGUAGCUACGCAUUGGGAAAAUGGACAACUCGUUUCACCUCCCGCCUUCAAGCGGCCAGUCUCCGUACCAAGAAGCACCGCCAGGGCAGUCUGGGAGCGACACCUCGCAGGGUAACACGCCGAACAACCCUUCACAUAUACGUUGGUCGUCGCAGAAAGAUCCUGCUAACACUUGUCACCAGUGGGAAUUUCCGCCGGUGCCACCUGCUGCAGGAUAUAGCAGCCACCCGCACGGAUUCCGACCCCACUUACCGCCACCACCUCUGAGAUUAGAGAGUUAUGGAGCUUGUCACAUGGCCCGUGGAUUUCCCUCUGAUCCACCUGGCUCGUCACAACCCUUCAGCCAGCUUCCCCCCACAGUCGGCACUUUUAGUCCAGAUCUCUAUCAAGGUCGCUACAGUUCACAAGCCUGCACACAGGCUGGACCACCAAAUUAUUGGCUGGGUGAAAUCCACAGCACUAUGGGAGCCUCGGGUAUACAAAGCAUAGGUCAAAACUCGACAGCAAACCUUAGCUCAGGUCCACCAAGUAGUCAGUAUGAUCAUCAGCCAGUCAUAGAUCCAGACCCAGGUUUUAGACAUCAACAUAAAAAUGCGUCGAAAGACUAUGGUGGCCCUCUCCAUUGCUACCCAUCCUUUUCUCAGUGGGUUCAGGACAGUAGCCAUGAUCCUGUCAAAGCAGCGGAUACACAAUCUGUAGACGAAAAACCUGUUCAGAGGAGACAAGAUGAGCAGUGGAUCAAACGUUUCCUACAAAAGAAAGCCUCAAAGAUUCAAGAGCAGAGAGAACCGUACUCAAAGAUAUCGGCGCCUCAGGUACGAGACCUGCUUCAUGGUGCUUUUCACCUGGUCUCAAAGUUGUCACUCGCCUGUGAAAUCCUAAAACAAAACUUGGAGAAUGAGAGUGUUUGGGCUGAUUCCUAUAGAAUGGCACUGAGUGUGAAGCGAGAGCUUCAAGACAAUCUCAAAGUACUGGAUGACCAUGAAUGUUUAGAUUAUUUUAAAAGAAAACUAGCCUGUAUUGGUAAGAGGAGAGCACGGCAACAUAAAAGGAAACUGCUACAAAUGGAAGAUGAAUCUGUGGAAAGGAAAAUUGCAGAAAAAGAAGCAGUUAUUGAUAAAUGGAGGAUGAAGCAAAUUCAUGAAGUAGAGGAGAAGAAGCGGGAACAGGAGCUUAAGGUGGCAGCAGACUCUGUUCUCUGUGAAGUUCGAAAGAAACAGGCAGAUGUGAAGAGAAUGCAGGACAUCCUCAGGUCUUUGGAGAAACUGCGUAAACUGAGAAAGGAAGCUGCAUCCAGGAAAGGUAUCUUCCCUGACAAGGAAUUAGACACCAUGUUCAUCGGACAGUUGGACAAACUGAAGACUUUAAUCGGGAAGAGGACGUCCGUGUACUUGGCAGAAGAGAAUGCACUCCGAGUCAUGCUUGAAGGAGAGCAAGAAGAGGAGCGUAAAAAAGACCUGGAGAAACGAAACAAUAAGGAGAAGGAGAGACAACUUCAGAGAAAAAAAGAGAUAGAGACCAUGCUCUUUGGAGUUGAGAUGCAUGCUGAUCACCUCCUACGGCCUUUCAGAGAAUACUACACACAAGCUGAGUACUCAUUACCCGCUUUACUGCAGAUAAGGAGAGAGUGGGAUGUCUUUUUGACUCCUGUGGACCACCCAGAUGGUACUGAGAUUCCUCAGGUAUGGGUCAUACCAGAGGCCCCAUCAGACAGAGCCUGGGCCUCAGCUCUGGAUGAAGCCGAGUCAACCUGAUCGCAUGUAUUCAGAGACAGUCUGAGUUCGGACACAGACAGCUUGUUUACUGACUGAGUGCUAAAAAGACUUCUUUGACAAGAUGUAAAACUAAAACUGCUUCUCUUGCCUGUCCUGGUGAGGAUGAUGGCCAGAGUCAAGUUGCUAUUCAGAUAAGAAAGUGAAACAGGAGCAGUUGGGGUACAGCAUUUCUUAUGACGAGUCCGGGAUCCCAGCACCCAUACUCCAGCCUUCUGUAAUAGUGCCUCUCAGCUCGCAUGUGCAAUGUAACACAGCUUGCUUUGUGUUGGGAUGAUUCCACUUCCUGUAGCUUAUUAACUGGGAUGCCACAUGUCAACAUGUUGAGGCUUGUAGUGCAGUAUACCAGAGGCUGGGUCGACACCUGUGCUUGGCUUUGUUGAGUGAAUUCAUUUUCCAGUUCCUGAGUUGUGUAUAUACACUUAGCAUCUGUUGAAUGUUUAUUCCCCACCUUUUGUGAACACGCUUGUAAAAAUAUACUUUACU